ACAAGGCUUUUGGCUUCUAGAGAAUUCGGAGAGACGGAAAUGGGCGCCGCGACUUCUUCAGAGGAGGGACAAGUGCAGUUCGAUGAGGGCCUUGAGAACGAAGAACUGUUGGCACCCUCGUCACCCAAGGACAUGUUCGACAAUUGGUGCCGGUAUUAUGGGAAAACGUACUCCUCGGAUCAUGAAAGGCAGCACAGGCUGGAGGCGUUCAAGAAAAACUAUGAUUUUGUCUUGAAGCACAACAGAGCGGGGAAUUCCACCUAUACCGUUGCACUCAAUCAGUUUUCGGAUCUCACCGACGAUGAGAUGGCCUGCCACAGGGGGUUCAGGGGGUUCUUGGCUCCUGGGAAAGAUGGGUUGAUGCCAUCCUCGGCUCCUGGGAAAGAUGGGUUGAUGCUAUCCUCGGCUCCUGGGAAAGAUGUUGUCAGAGGUUUUGAUGUUCCUGCUUCUUCGGAUUGGAGGGCUAAAGGUGCUUUCACCAAGGUGAACGAUCAAGGCAGUUUUGUGGUUUGUUGGUAUUUUCACAUGAAUCUAUAAAGCUAAUAUCUUUUUUUUCUCUUUUGAUUACUAAAAAAACUCCCAACUUGUUCCUGUUGGUAUUUUCACAUGAAUCUAUAAAGCUAAUAUCUUUUUUUUUUUUUUUCUCUCUUUUGAUUACUAAAAAACUUGUGCCGACUCAAACUAAAAGGCCAAUAGGUCAAUAGGCCACUCGUGUUGAGAGUUGUAAUCUUGUAGUUACCAAGUCAAUUGCCAUACCAAAUUGGCUGGGGUUGCCCCCAAUAAAUGAGUGUUGAGCUGUUUGCAUUUGCUGAAAAA